AUGAACACCAUUGGUUCUACUUCUGCUCAACACCAAAAUGUGAAGAAUAAGGUUAUCUUUGUAAUGGGUGCAACAGCAACAGGAAAAUCCAAACUCUCAAUUGACCUUGCAACUAAGUUCCAUGGGGAAGUCAUUAACUCGGACAAGAUCCAAGUUUUCAAAGGGCUAGAUAUUAUAACAAACAAAGUCACCGAGGAAGAGUCUCGUGGUGUGCCACAUCACUUGAUAGGGAUUGUGGAUCCUGAAGAAGAUUUUACUGUUGGUGACUUCUGCCAUCAUGUGCUGAAAGCCAUUGAUACAAUUUUGAAGAAUGGUCAUAUCCCCAUCAUUGCCGGUGGAUCAAAUUCCUACUUAGAGAAGCUUGUUGAGGAUCCAAGUAUUAAGUUUCGAGAGUAUUUUGAUUGCUGCUUUAUUUGGGUGGAUGCUUCCUUACCUGUUUUGUACGAACGGGUAGGAAAACGAGUGGACGAGAUGGUAAUGAAUGGCCUAGUGGAGGAAGUUCGAGCGGUAUUUGUUCCCGGAGCUGACUAUACCCGGGGAAUUAAGCGAGCAAUUGGGGCUCCAGAAAUGGAGAACUACUUUUUAGUUGAGAACAACAUCAAGGUUGAUGAGGCUACCAAGACAAAGAUCCUCGCUAAUGCUUUUGAAGAGAUUAAAAUCAACACCAGAAAAUUGGUAGAUUCUCAGCUCCGAAAGAUCCAACGGCUGAGGGACGAGCUUGGAUGGAAAAUGCACAGAAUUGACGCCACAUCUGUGCAUGAGAAACAUGGGAAAGAUGCUGAGGAUACUUGGAAGGAUGUGGUGUUGAAGAAAAGUCUCGAAAUAGUGGGUGACUUUCUAAAGUAGGAAAUGGAGGAUUUCUCUAAUUAA